GUCGUAAAUCUCAUAUUUCUCAUAGGCCGGUGUGACUGAUAGACCCGAUAGGCCAGAUUGGAGCCUGCACGGAUCGUCCCCACCUCUAGAUUAUCAAGCAAUGUGAUGCCAUCAUAAUCUUUUGUAAAUAAAUCAUCUUUUUAUAAAAUUACAGAGAGCAGCUUCGGUUUGAGGGUUUGACAGAAGUGAAUGCUGAGAGAGUACACAACACCACAACCAAUCUCAUUUCAAAUCCGCAGCUUCAAUAGGCAAUGGUUUCUCCAUCGACUUGGUUUCGAUACAUAUCGCACAAGUUCCAGUAUUCUGUCUCUCUCAGCCGGAAGAACUAUACGCAAGGUCAAAUCAGAGACAUUGAAUUACUUGAUUCAAUUGGGAGAUAUUUAUUUCAGGGAAAGCUGACCUAUUUACAUUGGAAUAAAGGAGAAGAGAUGGCCCCAAUUAUAGGGGGGCAAGGUGGAACUCUUCUUGUACGGAAGUUACCAGCUGCAGAUCCAAUGCAUGUUUUUAUUGGAGAUGUUGUGGUGUUGAAGGACCCUGAAAAAUCAGAAAACUACCUAGUAAGACGAUUAGCUGCAAUUGAAGGGUAUGAAAUGGUGUCUACUGACGAGAAAGAUGAGCCUUUUGUUCUUGAAAAGGAUCAAUGCUGGGUUUUGGCUGACAAUGAAAACAUAAAGCCGGAGGAAGCCCAUGACAGUCGAAUCUUUGGUCCAGUUCCCAUGACAAAUAUUGUUGGAAGAGUUCUUUAUUGUCUUCGUACAGCUGUAGAUCAUGGCCCUGUCGUGAACAGUCAUGUCAGCAUGGAAAAGGAUUCACCAGUGUUAGAGGUGGAACUGGAUGUGGAUGAUAUGGUGAAAAAUCACAAAGCGUAGACUCUGCCCUCACUGAGCACUGACUCCUGUAAUCCUGUGGUUUGUAUUGACUGUCUCUUUUCUUGUCAGCGGUAUUCAUUAGUUAUCUGGUUAAGUAGCAAGGGAAUAAUACAAGACGAUCUUUAGGUUCAUCCCCUGUGGUAGGUGCUGUAUUUAUGGUUUUCCUUGACCAGGUGUGACUGUUGGGUAAUCUGAGCCUUUCCUUUAGAUUAGCAAAUACAAAGAGACUUGUCUGCAUAAGUUUCAACAAUGUUUAACGUUGUGUUGGAACAUAAUGUAGUCACCAAGGCUAGCCGAAGAACUGGAAAAAAAAAAUUAGGAAAAACCAAUUCAUUAACAUCUAAGAAAAGCAUUUUUUUCUCA